UUCUCCCUCUUUUUCGUUAUAUGUUGAAAGUUUGGAAGCCAUUCUUCCUCAACUGCAAAGUCAACUCCAGCCAAAUUCAGAAGCUGGCUAUCCAGACUGUUGUGUCAUUAUUAGUGAUAUUUUCAGUGAAAAGUUGGUCCAGCUUUUUUUUUGGUCUGCUUUAUGAAGUAGUUCUACUCUAAUAACUGUUAAAGACCAAACGAAUAACAAGCUAGAAUAUCACACAUUUAAAUUGCUUUCACUAAUUAUCUGAAAUAACUCACAGAACUAUCUUUUCAACAUUUCUCAGCCUACUUUUUAACACUACAGUUUUGGAUAGCCAGUUUCUGAAUAUUUAACCUCCUCAACUCAGUAAAUACAGUUUGGAAUAAGCUUGGCACUGGAGUUCCAUAUUGUCAGCACCAUACAUCUAAAAAUAACUCCUUUUGAAUUGUAUCAAGUGAUAGCACCUUGCAUUACUGAAAAGGGGAUAGGAAUCUGUAACCAUGGUUGCAGCAACAAAAGCAGCCGACAUGUAUAAUUCUCUUGCUUCAAAGGAUGACAAGGAUGACUUUGACUGGGAUCGGUUAGAUGAACUUCUGAAGACACUUAGUGCAGAAGAAGUUGAGGAACUUAAUGGAGAUUUUGAUCCAGAUAAUUCUUUACUCCCACCAUCCCAGAGGUGCAGAGAUCAAACAUCAAAGCUUCCUACUGGACCUCUGAACAGAAAGAAAUUAUUAGCAUUCCUUGAAAAGAAAGCCAAAGAGGAGAAGGACUGGGAAGAGGCAAAGCCCUACACUGGAGAGAAAAAAGGUAAAAUCUAUGUUCCUAAGGAGCCACCCAAGAUUGAAAAUAUUGUAGAUGAGGAAGUUCAGACUGAAUGGGAUGACAUUUUGUCUAAAGCUACUGAAGAAGAGCUGGUAGAUUUAGCAGCUGUCCUUGGAUUCCAUGGAAUGUUGAAUCAAGUUCAGUAUAAUGCAUCCAUAGAAGACAAGGAAAUUGUUGGUGGAUUUGCUGGUGUUGCCAAAGCUGAGGAUCUAAGAGUUUUCGAAGAACUGGCUCCUAAUACGACUAACUAUGAGGAAAGUUUAAAAAGACUGAAGGAUAAUGAUCCAAAAUUGAAGCAUCUUAAUCUUAACAACAUUAAGGGCAUUCCAAAAGAAAAAUUGAUAGAAAUAGUUGGAACACUGAAGACAAACACACAUCUAGAAAUUUUUGAGAUGGCUAGUGUGGAUGCUACAGAUUUUGUGGCUAAGGCAUUAGGAGAAGCCUUGAAAGACAACAAAACAUUGCAGAUCUUAAAUGUUGAAUCAAAUUUCAUCUCUGGAGAAUCAAUUGUUGAAAUUUUAAAUGGCAUUGAUAGCCAUAAAGCAUUAAAAGAGCUAAGAGUGGAAAACCAGAAACCAUCACUUCUUGGGAAUAAAGUAGAAAUGGCAAUUACUAAACUUGUUGAAGCUAAUGACACUUUACUUCGGUUUGGAAUUUGGUUUGAAUAUCCUGAUGCCAGAGUCAGAGUCCAGGAGAAAAUCCAGAAAAACAAUGAUUUACUUCGCCAAGCUCGUGUAGGCAAGAGUGACUCAUGAAUCCCUGAAUGUAGCAGUAAUUCCUGACUAAGUUCAGGUUAACUCUCUUCCUGUCAUUGUCUUCUGUUGCUGCAUUUGAGGUUUCCGUCUCCUCCUCCUUCUGCUAUGGCCCUCUCCUUCCCCUCUUACAUCUAGUGCUAAUAUUCUAUAUAUAUAUAUAUAUAUUAUAUCUCAGUAUGUUUCACUGUGGUGGCUUACCUACUGUUGUUGUCCUCUCUGACAAUGAUAAGGAUGAUUGAGGUUGUCUGAAGUGGACAGUUUUACCAAGUACAGUAGCUGCAAUCAUCACCAUUACAACAACAAAGCUUCACAGCUCUACAAGGCUUUUGUUGUUGUUUCAACUACUUGGCCUCUCUCUCAAUUUCUUGGCCAGAAUGUUUUCUCACCUUCCUUUCUAUAAACUCUGCUUCAAGAGACAUAUUCAUUAUCACAAAAAAUCUUCUAAAGAGAGACCCCC